AGAUACCUAAUAUAUUGAAUCUAUGGCUCCUCUGCUCUCUAAGGAGAAGAGAGAAUACCAUUUUAAAAGAAAUCAUGUACUUUUUCAAAAAAUAAUUUGCUGUUGCUGCCUUGAAAAGAACAACAAAUGCAUUCCAGUUAAUAAAAAUUUGGAAGGCCUGGUUCAAGUUUUCUGUAAGCCUGAGUUUUCACUUAAAGUAUUUGCCUACCCUACAGGAUUAUGCCCAGGUUGCAAGAAAAACUUAUAUCUCUGUAAGGCUGGUAAAACUAUUGCUGACACAGUUACUUUAAAAUGGAAAAAUUCUGAUUUGUCUAGCUUGCAAACCUCUAGAGAUUGCUCAAUAUUAUGCAGUAUAUGCAGUCAAGGAAGAAAUAGGUUAUUAAAUAAAAGUAUGAAAAAGGGAACUAGUUCAACACUGAAAUUUUGCCAAAUAUGUUUCUAUGAAAUUGCUAAAGGUAAACCCCACAAAUGUUCCCCUUUAAAGAGUAGCACAAAUCUUUCUGAGAGUAUUUCUAAAAUUUCUAAAAAAGUAAAAGAACAAGUAGCUUCUUCCCUUCUAAAAGAAAUUUAUUCUGAUCAAGAACAAAGUCUAGGAGCUCAAGCCAUUCUCAGAACAGGAGGUAAAAGUAUUCAUAUUACACUCGGUACUCGGGAAAGUGACCAGAGAAAGAUUCCUUAUAAUGAAGUAGAAGUUUUAGUAAAUACCUUAGGACUUAGUCAAUUGAAGUCAUAUGAAAUGUUAAAAACAUUGAGGAGAAGCGGCGUAAAGUUUGAGUCAAACAUAGAGAAAGCCCUGGAUAAAAAAAGUAAACUACUUUCCAACUUUUAUGUCACUGAAUUAUUAGACUUUCAAGAAAAGGAAAAAGAUAAUGACUAUGCUACAGUGAAGAGACACUUGGUAUAUAUUGAAGAUAUUACAACAUUUCUGGAUUUUGUAAUGACAUAUCGAGGGCAGGUUCCACAAAACACAUUUGUAAAGGUUGGAAUAGAUUCAGGUGGAGGAUCACUGAAAGUUAUAGUAAAUCUGUUUGAUCCAACCAAGGAUAGGACAGAAGAUAGCAGCUCCUUAGGAUCAUACUCAGGAGCAAAUACGUCACUUGUUUUAGCUUAUUGUGAAAGGGUAAGUGAGAAUCAUUCUAACAUGACAAUGAUUGUGGAAAAAUUAAAAUUGCAUGAAUGCAAGUACUCAUUGGCUUCUGACAUGAAGUUAAUCAACAUAUUGCUAGGAAUUUUGGUGUGUUUAUUUUAAAUAAUUUUAAAAUAAUAAGGCAUAUUAUGGUAAAAACUAUAUUAGGAAAAGGUUUUUUUUACCCUACAAUAUAUUUAUAAAUUGAAUUAUAAUAUAAAAUUUUAGGCUCAUGGAGGAAAGUAUGCUUGUGCAUGGUGUGAAGGUUCUUCAGAAUUAUUUUCUGGAGAGUUAAGAACAUUUAAAUCUUUGAAUAAUUACUAUGAACUGUAUUCAUCUGCAGGAUCUCCGGUAAAAAGAAUGAAAGAAUAUAAGAAUGUCAUUAAUCCUUGUCUGCUUAAGAUAGAAGACAAAUCUCUAAGUAUAAUAAGAGAGAUUCCAUUACCAGAACUUCACCUUCUGAUGGGAUUUGUUAACCAUGUAGCAGAAUUUAUAAUGCAACUUUGGCCUGGAUUUAUAGAUUGGGUCAAGAGCAUUGGAUGCCUUCGAAAAGGUUACCAUGGAGGAACAUUUGAAGGAAACACGUGUAGAGAGAUACUUAAAAGUUGCGACAAACUUGAGUUGAUAAUUCCUGUUGAACUGUAUCCUCUCUUAGAAAAAAUGAGAAAAUUUAAUAAGGUUGUUCAUGGUGUCUUUAGCUAUAAACUUGACCCAAACUAUUCAAUUUUAAUUGAAAGUUUUACACAAAGCUAUAAGGAUGCACAAGACUAUUGCAUAGAGGUAAUUGCUGUUUUCUUUACCCUUUGUAUUUAAAACCAAGUUAUUGAUAAACAUAUUUAUAGUAAGCUUUUUUAGUUUUUAGGUAAACAGCUCACGGUUACUUGGAAAGUACAUGCUGUAACAGCACAUCUGGAAACAUUUGUUGAUUUGAGUGGCCUUUCCCUUGGGCAGUUUAAUGAGCAGACAUCUGAAUCUUGCCAUUCCAAGAUGAAAAGUGUAAUAAACAGGUUUGGAGUCUCGCAGUACAGCAACAAACAUAAAAAAAGAAGCAAAAGAAUUGCUGAAGUGUUCAGUUCAAAUAAUUUAUAAGUUAUUGAACAUUAAU